UCGGAGGGGCGGGAGACGCCGAGGCGGACAAGAUGGCGGCGGCGGCUGCACAGGGCGGGAGAAGCGGUGGUGGCGGAGGUAGUGGUGGCUCUGGUGGUGGUUCCAGCUGCGGGUCAGGUAGUAGCCGUAGUGGCUUGUUGGAUAAGUGGAAGAUUGAUGAUAAGCCUGUAAAAAUUGAUAAGUGGGAUGGAUCAGCUGUGAAAAACUCUUUGGAUGAUUCUGCCAAAAAGGUACUUCUAGAAAAGUACAAGUAUGUGGAGAAUUUUGGUCUAAUUGACGGCCGCCUGACCAUCUGUACAAUCUCCUGUUUCUUUGCCAUAGUGGCUUUGAUAUGGGAUUAUAUGCACCCCUUUCCAGAGUCUAAACCUGUUUUGGCUUUGUGUGUCAUAUCCUAUUUUGUGAUGAUGGGGAUUCUGACAAUUUAUACCUCAUAUAAGGAAAAGAGCAUCUUUCUCGUGGCCCACAGGAAAGAUCCUACCGGGAUGGAUCCUGAUGAUAUUUGGCAGCUGUCCUCCAGUCUUAAAAGGUUCGAUGACAAAUAUACCCUGAAGCUGACCUUCAUCAGCGGAAGAACAAAGCAGCAGCGAGAAGCUGAGUUCACCAAGUCCAUUGCUAAGUUUUUUGACCACAGUGGGACACUGGUCAUGGAUGCAUAUGAGCCUGAAAUAUCCAGGCUCCAUGACAGUCUUGCCAUAGAAAGAAAAAUAAAAUAGCCAGUUCUAAAA